AGUGUGAGCAGCAGAUCUCCCUGGCUAAUGAGCAGCAGGGACCGGCCCCGAGUGCUGGGGAACAGCUGAUUGGAUAGAGCGGCCAGUGAGAAACACCCCGGGGAGAGAACCAGGCAGAGAGCGGGGCUCGGAGCAGCAGCACAGAGAGACCGGCAUCUUCCAGAGCACCGAGACCCCAGCAAACACCGCCUCCGGGACCGCGCCCCCAUAUCCCACAUUUAUAGCCGGCAGACCCCGGCACCCUAAAGAGCACAGAACUGUGUGCACCACCUGCAGCAACCUCCCUCCCACUACAAAGACCAGUCAUUAUUACUACUGCUGCUGCUGUCGUCUCCUCUCCCCAGCAAUGAGCGGCUGGUCCCAUGUGAGGAGUCUCUGGGCACUACUGACUUUGCUGGGGGCCAUACGGCCGGCUCCGGGGCAGCAGGAUUAUCACUUUGGCUUUGAGUACUUAAUGGAAGAUCCGGCAGAUGAGGUUAACUACAAGGAUCCGUGCAAGGCGGCUGCAUUCUGGGGGGAUAUUGCUUUGGAUGAAGAUGACCUGAAAUGGUUUCAAGUUAACAAAUCAAGCAAUUUAGGAGAAGCAAGAAGUAGCCAGACUGGACUUAUUGCAGACGACCUACCUGAAAAUGUUACUGCUUCAAGUUCCAGCACCACAGCUUCCAAUCUCACGACCCAAAAAGUUAUAAAGGGUAGCUUGGAUGCUGUGACAGCAAAUCAGUCCAUAACAGAAAGUUCACGAGUUCAUGGGAAAAGAGACCGCAGAGCUGCUACUUCAAGAGCGGAGAGAAUAUGGCCUAGUGGAGUCAUACCGUAUGUCAUAGGAGGGAACUUCACUGGCCCUCAAAGAGCAAUCUUUAAACAAGCUAUGAGACACUGGGAAAGAUAUACCUGUGUAACAUUUGUAGAAAGAACAGAUGAGGAAAGUUAUAUUAUAUUUACUUACAGAACAUGCGGCUGCUGUUCAUAUGUAGGUCGUCGAGGAGGAGGGCCUCAGGCUAUAUCCAUAGGCAAAAACUGUGAUAAGUUUGGCAUUGUUGUCCACGAACUGGGUCACGUGGUUGGAUUUUGGCACGAGCAUACCCGACCAGACCGAGACCAGCAUGUGACCAUUGUAAGAGAAAACAUACAGCAAGGACAGGAAUACAACUUCCUCAAAAUGGAGCCAGGGGAAGUGAGUUCUUUGGGAGAGACCUAUGACUUUGACAGUAUCAUGCAUUAUGCCCGGAACACAUUCUCAAGGGGUGUGAAUAUCGAUACAAUACUUCCUAGGAGAAUGAACAACCAAAUCCAACCAACUAUUGGACAGCGUAUACGGCUUAGUCAGGGAGAUAUUGCACAGGCUAAAAAAUUAUAUAAGUGUCCAGCAUGCGGUGAAACUUUGCUGGAGUCAAGUGGUAAUUUUUCUGCCCCUGGUUAUCCAAGUGGUUACCCUUCUUAUACGCAUUGCAUAUGGAGAAUAUCUGUUACACCAGGAGAGAAGAUAGUUUUAAAUUUCACAGAAAUGGACCUCUUUAAAAGCCGACUAUGCUGGUAUGAUUAUAUUGAAGUUCGAGAUGGUUAUUGGAGAAAGGCACCCUUAUUAGGAAGAUUAUGUGGUGAUCAUAUUCCAGAGCCAAUAAUAUCCUCUGACAGCAGACUAUGGAUCGAGUUCAGGAGUAGUAGUAAUAUCCUGGGUAAAGGAUUCCUUGCUGUCUAUGAAGCAAUAUGUGGAGGUAAUAUAAAGAAAGACAUUGGUCAGGUUCAGUCCCCUAAUUACCCUGAUGAUUAUCGGCCAGAUAAACAUUGUGUGUGGACUAUUACGGUCUCGGAAGGUUUUGUGGUUGGACUUUCUUUCCAAACAUUUGAGUUUGAACCACAUGACAAUUGCUUAUAUGACCACCUGCAAAUACGUGAUGGCCCAUCAGAAAAUAGUCCACUGAUGGGACAAUUUUGUGGCUAUGAGAAGCCAGACGACAUUAAAUCUACCUCAAAUACCCUGUGGAUAAAAUUUUUCUCUGAUUCCUCAAUCAACAAAGCUGGAUUUUCAGCUAACUUCUUCAAAGAGAUGGAUGAAUGUGCCCGGCCAGAUAACGGGGGAUGCGCCCAGCGCUGCGUUAAUACUUUAGGAAGUUACAAAUGUGUCUGUGAUCCAGGUUUUGAGCUGACUUCAGAUAAGAAAAACUGUGAAGUUGCAUGUGGUGGUUUUAUCACAAAGCUGGAUGGUUCCAUAACUAGCCCUGGCUGGCCAAAUGAAUACCCCACUAAUAAAAAUUGUGUGUGGCAGGUGGUCGCUCCAUCACAAUACAGGAUAUCCUUGCAGUUUGAAGUCUUUGACCUUGAAGGCAAUGAUGUCUGUAAGUAUGACUAUGUGGAAGUCCGCAGUGGACUGACUUCAGAGUCAAAAAUGCAUGGAAGGUUUUGUGGCUCAGAAAAGCCAGAGGUGAUCACCUCACACGGCAACAGUAUAAGACUGGAAUUUAAAUCCGACAACACCGUUUCUAAGAAAGGAUUUAAAGUAAACUUUUUUUCUGAUAAGGAUGAGUGCUCCAAGGACAAUGGAGGUUGCCAGCACGAGUGCACAAACACCUUUGGCAGCUAUGUCUGCCAGUGCAAGCAUGGCUAUAUGCUUCAUGAUAAUGGCCAUGACUGUAAAGAAGCUGGCUGUGAACACAGGCUUAUUAGUGCUGAGGGAACUAUUUCAAGCCCAAACUAUCCCGAUAAAUAUCCCAGCCGGAAAGAAUGCACCUGGGGCAUAUCCACAACCGCCGGCCAUAGAGUCAAACUUGAAUUUAAUGACUUUGAAAUUGAACUGCACCAAGAAUGUGCCUAUGACCACCUGGAACUUUAUGAUGGGCCGAGCAGCAAAUUUGCCAUUCUCGGCCGAUUCUGUGGCAGCAGCAAGCCAGAGCCUGUAAUUGCCUCAAGUAGCAAUAUGUUCCUGCGCUUUUACUCUGAUGCUUCAGUGCAGAGGAAAGGGUUCCAAGCUAAAUACAGCACAGAAUGUGGAGGGCGAUUAAAAGCGGAGAUUCAAACAAAGGAUCUGUAUUCACAUGCCCAGUAUGGUGAUAACAAUUAUCCGGUACAGUCUAAUUGCGAUUGGGUCGUUGCAGCGGAGGAUGGCUAUGGAGUAGAAUUAAUUUUUGAAACAUUUGAAUUGGAGGAAGAAUCAGAUUGUGGUUAUGACUACAUGGAAAUUUAUGAUGGUUAUGACACGACCGCUCCACGACUAGCUAGAUACUGCGGAUCUGGGCCUCCUGAAGAAAUCUAUUCAGCUGGGGACUCCAUCAUGAUUCGCUUCCACACAGACGAUACCAUCAAUAAAAAAGGUUUCCACGCCCGAUACACCAGUACCAAAUUUCAGGAUGCACUACAUAUGCGGAAAUGACUGUAGUCCACGGUGAUACCUAGAGCCAUUUUAGUGUCUAAAAUCAAUGGUUUAUGGAAUUGUGAGAAUGAAUUAAAUGCUGUGCAUGUCUCUGUGAUGUCUGAAUGCUGUCUGUAAGAUAUUUGUAUGAAUAUGGAUCCAGGUUUUAAUAGCAUGCUUUUUGUGUCAAUGUAUCAAGGACCAAAUAUUUCUAUGUAAUAAAAGCCAACUUGGUUUAUAUUCCUUUUUAAGUGAAAUGUCUAAGAGGGCUUAUUCACCAAGCUCACCAGUCCCGUUAAGCACCUGUCAGCUGAAUGCCCAAAUGGUCUGAAUGGGAGGUGUAGGUUUUUCUGUAUAUUAGGAGUGGGACUUGAGGUCUUCUUUACCAAUUUCUAGUUGGUUGGCUGAGCAUCAUGGGUAAUGUGGACUAUGAAGCACUGAUGUCCACACCUACAAUACACACCCUAAAUCUUGCACCAAUGUGGUAUUUUGAUAAAGGGGGCAAUGGGGACAUUUUCAGUGUACAAGUCGCACAAUCACUUAUUUGAGGCCUUUCUCACAGUUGACCAAAUGUAAAGGACAUCAGGGAUCUAAUAAAACUCUUCACUACCUGGCAAAAAAUUGGUUCAUGAGUUAUAACCAGGUGGUCGGUGCCCAGUUAUAUUUGUAAAUAUGUUUCUAAAUGUCAUACAGUAUAUGACAUUGUUAGCAUUGGGCAAAUCUCAAUCUAACUUUCUGUGAUAUUAAAGUUUCUGCUCUUCAUCCAAGCCUGUAAAAUAGUAGUUUAUUUUAAAGAGCCAGCAGCUGGUUUUGACCAAGUAUACAUACUUGACCAUAAAUUAUCUUUUGUUACAUUGUAAUUUGUUUUUUUUUCCACACAUGGAUUUCAGCCUGUGUUGUGUUCAUUUGGUAGUACUGCAAGUAACAGCCAAUUGUGUACAUAGCUGUGUGUAUACUGCCAUCUACGGGUGUGACAUCAGUAAUGUUUUUGAACUUCCUCACAGUGAAAGUACUGUAUAGCGGACCUAUACUGUAUCUUAUCUUUUCUUUCUUUUUUUUUUGUAAUUUACGUUCUUAUUUUUAUAGUGUGGUUUUGUACUUAAAUUAUGUAGCUAUUGUCUCUUGCAAAUGUAAAUACAAUAUUUUAAAUGAUCUGAUGUUAGCCUGUGCAAUACCUAAACUAAUAAGCUUCUCAUGUCCUUCCUUACGUCAGUUUUGGGGCCUUCCUCUGGGUUGGCUUUACUACCUAAUGUUUGAUAGGGGAGUGCAGAAUCUUGUCAUUAACAAAAUAUAUUUUAGAUUGCAAUUGAUCGCCAGGAAUAAGAGCCUGUAUUUUUAUGGAAUUACAUUUUUUUUAUAAUGUUGCUAGACUUCAUUUCCAUAUUUUUCUGUCAUGAAGGGAAUUGUAAUGCCAUUUUUAUUACUAUAUAACUGUUAUUUUGUUGCCAUGCAAUUAAUAGAAGGAUAAUAAAAUAUUUCAU